AAACACACACAAGUCAAGAGGUGUCUGCUGUUUUUCUAUGUAAAACAUGCUCGGCAGAUGCUCGGAGAGAGGGAAAGAGAGACGGCGACAAUUCUCAACCUCUCUCAAACACUCAGAUAAUAACCAGGACAUCUGCUGCUCCGUCUGACCUCAAAAACCAGACGUCUUUCCAGAAGAUGAUUUCGUUGGAUGAGCAUGGACCUUGAAGAUGCCCGCUGACGCCUCUCUCUGUCCCCUGCACACUCUGUCAUGGAGUCAGACCCGAACGCCCUCCGUGACCCCUACAAACCGGAGGCAGGCAACUCCGAGCUACCUGAUCUGGAGUGCGCCAUCUGCUUCUGCCAGUUCAACAACGUCUUUAACACCCCGAAGGUCCUACAAUGCAAGCACACCUUCUGCCUGGAGUGUCUCGCCCGGAUGAACAUCAAAUCCAACCAACCUGACACCAUCCAGUGCCCGCUCUGCCGUUCAUACACCCCUCUACCAGAUUUGGGACUCCCAAAAUUGGCCACUGACUCGACGGUACUGUCUUAUCUCCCAUCUGCAAUGCAGCACGUCUACAGCAUCCGUUUUAACAGAAACAAGGGAAAACUGCAGGUUAAGCGGGUGCCCAGUUCUGCCCCGAUACACACACACACUGUCAGUCAAAGUUUGGAUGUGGGCAUGCCGGCUGGUAUGCAGGGAUCCUCAGGAGAGGGCAGAGAGAGGUCUUUACUGAUGACCAUCCUGCGGACACCGCUCUGCAAGGCUUUUCUAAUGAGCACAGUGGCCAUAAUAGCGGUCGUUCUCACUAUUACUAUUAUAAUACUGCAGCAGAAGCACUAAAAGGGGUCCACAUGCUUUGAGGGUACCCCAGAGAUCUGCUUUAUUAGUAUUAAAAGAAUAAAAGUACAUAGUUCACCCAAAAAUGAUAAUGUACUCACUAUUUACCAGGGCUGCACAAUAUAUACCAGCAGCUACAGAACGUCACGGUUAUGAAUGUAACCCAUGUUCCCCGAGUAGGGAUUGGAGACGUGUGUCUAGAUAAAGACACUAUUGGGAAAUUCCUUUACCUAAAUGUCUUUAUCUAGACCAGGGGUCGGGAACCUCUUUUCAGCAAAGAGCCAUUUCUGAUUUUGCUGGCAAAUGCUCUUUUUUAUAGAGC